AGUGUAAAACAGACACACACUGACAGCUCACUUCUCCCACAAGCCUACUUUUUCACUCUCUCUCUCUCUAAAAAAGUCUCUCUCUCUCUGUACUGUAACUGAAACCUCUACACUGUGUUUAGAAGAACACACUCACACACACACACACUCUCUCUCUCUAUUCAUUCACAAGCAGCUGGACAAUGUGGACUAUAUAACCAACUCAAAUGGCCACGUGUCACCGCCACAACCCCACCAACUUGGCCGCCGUUGUGCUCGACAACCACCGCUCCUCCACCUCUCUCUGCUCCUCCUUCUCUCGCUCCUCCUUCCGCCGCAAGCUCAUCCACUCCCUCCGCUGCGGCGGCGGAUGCUCCGACAAGCCCAAGCACAAACCACUCCCCGACGACGACGACGACUCUAGAUCCGACUCCACCAAGAAGAACGGACCCGGAUCCGAGAAGUUGUCGGAGCUGCUGAGACUGUCGGAGGACGACGAAGACGAGGUCAAGAAGAAAACGGCGGCGUUAGAUGAGUUGAAGAAUGUGGUUAAGGGGUUACAAUGCGACGACGUUUUGUGGGGUGCUAAGCAAGUUAGGAGAUUAACUAAGGAAGAUCCAGUUGCUAGAACUACUUUGGCUUUGCUUGGUGCUAUUCCCACAUUGGUCGGAAUGCUUGAUUCUCGGGGAAAUGAUCUUGACUUUCAGAUCUCUGCUCUCUAUGCUUUGCUCAAUCUCGGAAUCGCCAAUCCUGAAAACAAAGCUGCAAUUGUAAAAGCAGGAGCUGUUCAUAAAAUGUUAAAUUUGAUUGAAUCUUCGGAUCAAUUGCUGGAUCGGUCUGUUGCUGAAGCUAUUGUUGCCAAUUUUCUGGGGUUGAGCGCUCUGGAUGUGAACAAGCCAAUUAUUGGAUCCUCGGGGGCGAUUCCUUUUUUGGUUAAAAUGUUGAAGGAUGGGGAUAGUUCGAGUGGAUCUCAGGCAAAGCAGGAUACUUUGCGAGCGUUGUAUAAUCUAUCAAUAUCACCUUCAAACAUUUCGCCAUUGCUUGAGACGGAUGUGGUGCAAUUCUUUGUGUCAUCGUUGGGCGACAUGGAAGUUAGUGAAAGAAUACUGUUGAUUUUGAGUAAUGUUGUGUCAACACUUGAGGGACGAAAAGCUGUUAGUAGCAUUCCGAAUGUGUUCCCGAUACUAAUUGAUGCAUUGAGUUGGAAUGAUUCACCUGGGUGUCAGGAGAUAGCAUCGUAUAUUCUAAUGGUCAUGGCUCAUAAAUCAUAUGUAGACAGACAGGCCAUGAUAGAGGCUGGGGUUGUUUCAGCCCUUCUCGAGUUAACUCUUAUAGGGAGUAAUUUAGCACAGAAAAGAGCUUCCAGGUUAUUGGAGUGCUUGAGAGUAGAUAAAGGAAAGCAAGUUUCUGAAAACUGCGUAGGAGGAUCAGGUGGCACAUUAUCGGCACCUCUUUGUGGGGCUUCACCAUCGUUUGCUGAUCCUCAUUUGCAAGAAUGUCCAGACGAGGAUGAUAUGAUGAGCGAGGAGAAAAAGGCGGUGAAACAUCUAGUCCAACAAAGCUUGCAGAACAAUAUGCGUCGAAUAGUGAAGAGGGCCAACUUGCCUCAAGAUUUUGUACCAUCAGAUCAUCUCAAGUCCCUGACAUCAAGCUCAACAUCCAAGAGCUUACCAUUUUGAUGACGGAAGAAACUUUGUAUGUUAGUGUUGUUUAAGCCAUUUUGGGUUAUGCUUUUAGUCAUUUGUCGGAUCAUGGUCAUCAGUGUUUUAAAAAAUUACAUAAUUAUCAGUAUAUAUUUAGAGGUGUCA